AAGGAAGCAGCGAGGAGCAGAGAUGGAGAGGUGAAGCUGGUCCAACAGAGGGGAAUAAAUCGGAGUUUAUUCCGGAUAAGAACAUUUGAUCCAAUAUUUGGAUUAAAAUGUUGGUGAUCUCAGUUUUGGUCCUUGUGGGGACAGGAGUGACGGUAAACAGCGAAAAACAUUCCCUCCAUUACAUCUACACUGGACUCUCCAAACCCGUUGGACUGCCGGGCAUCCACGAGUUCACAGCCAUGGGUUUGCUGGACGGCAGGAUGAUCGAUUACUAUGAUAGCGAGAAUCAGACAAAAGUUCCCAAACAGGAGUGGAUGAGAGAGCAUUUACCUGCUGAUUACUGGGUAAAAGGCACCCAGUCCCGCAGGAUCAAGCAGCGGUGGUUCAAGCACAACAUCGGCAUCCUGAUGGAGCGAAUGAGAAAGAAUGACUCUGGCUCCCCUCAUGUUCUUCAGUGGAUGGUGGGCUGUGAGGGUGAGACGCAGCCUAACGGCGCGCUCAGGUUUGUCCGCGGCAUGAACAAGUAUAACUAUGAUGGAAACGACUUCCUGUCCUUUGAUGAUAAAAACAGAGUCUGGGUCGCUCCAGUUAAAGAGGCACUUCCCUCAAAGACGAAGUGGGACAAUGACCAGGUGCUGAAAGAGUACACCAAGGGAUACCUGGAGAACGAGUGCAUUGAUUGGCUGAGCAAGUCUGUGACUUCUGAACAAAAGCAGCUGAAAAAAGCCCCUCCACCUGGCGUGUACGUGUUUGCAAAGAAGUCCAGAGUGGAGACAAACCUCACCCUGACCUGCCUCGCCACAGGCUUCUACAGCAAAAACAUCAUUUUGAGGAUCAGAAGGAAAGGACGUGUUCUGACUGAAGACGACGGUCUGUGGAGCUCAGGAGUUCUUCCAAAUGACGAUGAGACCUUCCAGAGACGAGACUAUUGUGAGAUUUUGAAGUCUGACCUGUCAGAGUUCAGCUGUGAAGUCGUUCAUGAGGCGACCCGUGUGGACGUUGUGAAGACUUGGAAGAACGGUGACCAUCCAGAGGAACCUGGAUCUGGAGCUCUGAUCGGUGCACAGGGUGGAGCCUUGGCUGUGAUUGCUCUUGUUGUUGGUGGAGGUCUGGGUCUGAUAUGCUUGCAUAAAAAAGGCCGUCUUAGAGGCAGACGAGUAGCCAACGACAACCAAGGAAGUGUAGCAGUGGUUGUAACAAAUGUUGAGGCUGACAGUGAGAAGGUUGAGGAAGACGAGGGUAAUGAAGACGAGGCAGAGGAAACCAGUCUCAGAAGCAGCACGGCUGACGGCUCUGACAAAAAAACAAGGCUCAGGAUUCACACUAAAUCUUCUGCCACCGAGAAUAUGGACUGAGGUCAUGCUAAAUCCAGUGCCUCCAGCUGUAUCCCUGCCUUUGACCUUUCCUCCCCCCAUGAUAAAUCCAGCAUCACUAAUUUAGGUGUGAAAAUGGACCCCAGCCUAAAACUUGACUCACAUGUCAAAGUUGUGGUUAAGUCCUCCAUCUUUCAGUUGAGGCAGCUGUCAAAAAUUAAGUCCAUCCUGUCUAGAUGCCACCCAGAAACACAGAUUCAUGCAUU